AUGAGGUUUUUCAAAAGUGUUCAAAUUGAACAUAGAAGAAGUUCUUUUAGUAAUUCAGAUGAAAAUAAUCAAAGUGAGACUAUUGAUGAAAUAAAUUGGGCAGCCCUAGAAAGGCUACCUACAUCAGUUAGAGCACAUUAUAGUUUUUUGCAUGGAGUGACAGGUGAAUUCAAAGAGGUUGAUGUUAAUAAACUUAAUCUCUUUGAAAAAAGGGCUUUGUUGAAUAGAAUGGUUAGAAAUAUGACUCAAAAUGAAAUCUUCUUGCACAAAAUCAAGUCUAGGUUUGAAAGAGUUUCCAUGGAAAUGCCAUCAAUAGAAGUCCGAUUUGAGAAUCUCAAUGUUGAGGCGUAUGCUUAUGUGGGUAGUAGAGCUUUACCUUCGAUCCUCAAUUCCUUGGUGAAUAUGGUUGAGGGUGUGUUAGAUUGCCUCCAUAUACUUCCAAGUCAUAAGAGGAAAUUGGAAAUUCUUCAAGAUUUUAAUGGAAUCAUCAAGCCUGGAAGGAUGACUUUGCUUAUUGGUCCACCAAGCUCAGGAAAGACCACUUUAUUAUUAGCUCUUUCCGGUCUUCUCGAUUCGAAAUUAAAGGUUUCUGGAAAGGUGACGUACAAUGGACAUGAGUUACAUGAAUUUGUUCCUCAAAGAUGUUCAGCCUAUGUUAGUCAAAAUGAUGUCCACAUUACUGAAUUGACUGUAAGAGAAACUUUAGGCUUCUCCGCCACUUGCCAAGGAGUUGGUCAUGCUUAUGAGUUGCUAUUAGAUUUGCUGAGAAAAGAAAAGGAGAUAAAGACUAAACCAGACCCCUUACUUGACGCGCUAUUAAAGGCGUCAGCUAUGGAUAAACAUAGAAAAGCUUUGUUCACUGAAUAUAUUCUUAAGGUUUUGGGGUUGGAACAAUGUGCUGAUACACUUAUAGGUGACCAAAUGAAAAGGGGCAUUUCUGGAGGUCAAAAAAAGCGAGUUACUAUAGGGGAAAUGAUGGUUGGUCCUGCAAAUGUGUACUUCAUGGACAGCAUUUCAGUUGGUUUAGACAGUUCUACAACGUAUCAAAUAAUUAACACAAUCAGGCAAUCUGUACAUAUAAUGAACAAAACCGCGUUAAUCUCUCUACUUCAGCCUCCUCCAGAAACAUUUGAGCUGUUUGAUGACAUAAUUUUCAUUUCUAAGGGGCAGCUUGUGUACCAAGGCCCUAGGGUGUAUGUUCUUGAAUUUUUCGAGUCCAUGGGUUUUCGAUGCCCUGAACGAAAAGCCGUAGCUGAUUACUUACAGGAGGUUGUUUCGAAAAAAGAUCAAGCACAAUAUUGGGCGCGACAAGAUGAGGAAUAUGCUUAUGUUUCUACUAACCAGUUUGUUGACAAAUUUAAGGAAUUUCAUGUUGGAAGAACCAUCCAAAAUGAGCUAGCUGUGCCUUAUGAUAAGUCCAAGAGUUACCCUUUUGCCUUAACUAAGUCGAAAUUUGGAGUUGGGAAGGUGGUAUUACUCAAAGCUUGUUUAUCUAGAGAACUUAUUCUCAUGAAACGUAACAUGCUUAUCUUUGUUUUCAAGGCAGUUCAACUCACGGUUCUUGGAUUUGUUGUUGCAAGUGCUUUUGCUGAGGAUAAGAAACAUCAUAGUACAAUCGAAGAUGGGGUAGUUCAUAUGGGAGCACUCUUCAUUGGACUAGUCACUAUUAUAAUUUCAGGAUUUGCUGUUCUACCUAUGACUAUUAGCAAACUUCCAGUCUACUAUAAGCAGAGAAAUUAUAGAUUUUUCCCUUCUUGGGCAUAUUCAUUUCCAACAUUGAUCCCUGGGAUGAUUUUUUCGAGUUUUGAAGUUAUCAUUUGGACGAUUACAACUUACUUCAUCAUAGGAUUUGAUCUUAACUUCUUCAGGUUGUUGAAACAUGGUCUUAUCUUGAUACUAUGUGGGCAGAUGUCUUACAAUCUCUUUAGAUGCAUUGGUGCCGUGACAAGAGAUUUUUCCAUUGCAAUUGUAGUUGCAAAUCUUGCAGUCAUGUGGCUGAUGAUUUUCAGUGGCUUUGUGUUAGCAAGAGAGGCAAUGAAGAAAUGGUUACUCUGGGGUUAUUGGACAUCUCCCUUGCUAUAUGUUUACAAUGCCAUGGUCACAAACGAGUUCCUCGGACAUUCAUGGGAAAAACAUGUAAGAUCACCAUUCUGCCUUUGUUCUUUUCACCUAUGUUCCACUUAUUUGAACUUAUUAGCCCUUACACAUCUUCCAGGAUCAAAUAUAGGACUGGGAGUGUCUGUCCUGCAAUUUCGUGGAGCAGAAACUGAUCCCCAAUGGUAUUGGAUAGGUGUCUCUGCAUUGAUCGGCUUCAUAAUCUUAUUUGCUUUGCUUGCCAACCUCGCGCUUGCCUAUCUCAAACCAUACGGGCAGUCAUCAGGCUUCAUCUCCGAAGAAGCUGAAACAUCUACUGAGGCAGAAAGUAUAAACCAAAGCAGAACACCGGAUAGUGGUAAAACCACUAGCCUACUUUUCACACCUCUCUGCAUGACUUUUGAGAACAUCGUGUAUUCCGUUGACAUGCCAAAGGAGAGGAAACAAAGGGGAGAUCCACAUGAUCGAUUGGUGCUACUUGAUGGAGUAAGUGGAUCUUUUAGGCCCGGUGUCCUGACCGCCUUAAUGGGAGUAACGGGAGCAGGAAAAACCACACUAUUAGAUGUUUUAGCAGGAAGGAAAAACACAGGACAUAUAGAUGGGAGCAUCAAGAUUUCAGGCUAUCCAAAGAAGCAAGAAACGUUUGCUCGAGUUUCAGGAUAUUGUGAACAGAAUGAUAUCCAUGUUGACCUCAUGACUGUCUAUGAAUCAAUCAUCUUCUCUGCAUCUCUUCGAUUAUCCAAAGAUAUUAGCUUUGAGGCUAAACAGAAUUUUGUUGAUGAAAUCAUCGAAUUGAUCGAGCUUACAGCAAUAAAAGAUGCAUUAGUAGGAACCCCAAAUGUGAAUGGCCUUUCAGUAGAGCAGAGAAAAAGGCUAACCAUAGCAGUAGAGCUGGUAGCUAACCCUUCCAUAAUGUUCAUGGAUGAGCCUACUUCCGGCCUCGAUGCAAGGGCAGCUGCAAUCAUCAUGAGAGUUGUCCGAAACACAGUUAACACUGGGAGAACUGUCAUCUGCACCAUCCAUCAACCAAGCAUCGACAUAUUCGAGUCCUUUGAUGAGCUUUUCCUCUUGAAGCAAGGAGGCCAAGUGUUGUAUGCCGGUCCUAUUGGCUAUCGAUGUCACCAGCUUAUUAGAUACUUUGAGGAAAUCAAUGGAGUACCUAAGAUAAGAGAGGGGUACAAUCCUGCAAUCUGGGUGUUAGAAGUGACAUCGCGAACACAAGAGGAGCAACUAAGACUGGACUUUGCUGCCAUUUACAUGAAUUCUGAGCUAUACAGGACAAACAAAGCAUUGAUUUCGGAGCUUAGUAUACCUCCACCUAAUUCUGAAGACCUCCAUUUUCCAACAUCAUAUCCUCAAACAUAUCUUACUCAAUGGAAAAUGUGUUUAUGGAGGCAAUACAAGUCAUGCUGGCGUAACAUAGCUCAUAACGGUGUAAGGUUCUUGAUCACAUUAGCAGCUGCUUUCAUGUUCGGGGUUGUCUUCUGGAAGAUUGGUUCUAAAAGGGAUACUCAAAUUGAUGUUGUUGGUGGAAUUGGUGCAAUUUAUAUUUCCACGAUGUUUAUUGGAGCACAGACUAGUGGUGGUGUAAUACCAGUAAUGAACAGCAAUAAACCGGCGUUUUAUAGAGAGAAAUCAUCUGGCUUGUAUGCUGCCAUACCUUAUGCUCUAGCACAGGUUGUGAUUGAGAUUCCAUAUGUUAUAGCACAAGUGACCAUUUACGAGGUCAUAGCCUAUGGAAUGAUAGGGUUCGAAUGGACAACUUUGAAGUUCUUUCGAGAGUACCUCUUCAUGUUACUCUCACUAUUGUGUUUCACAUACUUUGGCAUGAUGAUCUCUUCCGUGACUCCUAACCAAGAAACAUGUAACAUAUUAACUAGUCUUGUGAACUCGAUGUGGAAUCUCUUUGCCGGGUUUGCUAUUCCUCGAAAUAGGGUUCCGCCGUGGUGGAGAUGGUUCACGUUUGUGUGCCCGGUGUCUUGGAGCAUGUAUGGGAUGGUAGCUUCUCAAUAUGGAGAUAUAGAGUCUGAGAUUAGCACCGGGGAGACGGUGACCCAAUUCAUAAGGGACUUCUAUGGGUACAAAUAUGACUUCUUAGGAAGUGUGGUUGUUAUCAUGGUUGGUUUCAACCUACUCUUCAUUUUCCUACACUGCUUUGCCACCAAGAUGUUCAACUUCCAGAAAAGAUGAGAAAUUUCAGGCUCUCAUAUUUAAACUAGGCAUAAAUCAAUGUAUUGAUUAGUAGAUUGUCCAGCAAUUUACAAGUAGUUAAUUAUGCUGUCAAGAUUAGGUUUUUAUGUUAGCUCUUUCCUCACCUAUUAUGAACAGUGUUGUAUUGUAGCAAUAAUCUAGUAAAGUAGAAUAUAUGUACUUGUAUUAGAGAUA